AUGGUCUUCCUCACCACGCAGCUCUGGCUGUGGAGCCACGUCACAGACCGCUACUGGCAGGUACAGGAAGUGCUGAAGAACUGCUGCUACCGGCUGGCUGGCUGGCUGGGUGUGAUCAGAGCGUUUGUGAAAUGCACGAAAGCCCAGAGAUGGAAGAGGAGGAUCCUGAGGACGCUCUGGAUUAAUCGAAUUACAGCUGCCUCCCAGGAACAUGGCCUGCAUUACCCAGAGUUCAUUGGCAAUUUAAUUAAGUGCCAGGUGGAGCUCAACAGGAAAGUGCUGGCUGAUCUAGCCAUCGAUGAACCGAAGACUUUUAAAUCCUUGGCUGCUUUGGCCAAAAGGAGAAGAGAGGAAGGAUUUGCUGCUGUCUUGGAGGACAGGAAGGAGCCUGCAGGCAUCUUUUCCAGAGAGGUGCAGUACCACUGA